AUGGGUGGUACGCAAAGCACUGAACAAGGCCAAUAUGGGUUUCACGUAUUAAAGGUGAAAGAAAACUCUCCUGCAUUCAAGGCCGGCAUUGAGCAGUUCUUUGACUAUAUUAUCGGCAUCAACGACAUCAAAGUGGACAAUGGCGAUAGUGAGACCUUGCUUCGUAUUUUAAAUGACUCGGAGAACAAGCCCGUGCAACUGGAGGUCUAUUCAAGCAAAGAGCAAGCUGUUAGAGAGGUGACUCUGAUCCCUAGCAGUGAUUGGCACAAGGAUAAUCCUGGCGAAAAAAGCUUGAUAGGAUGCUCAAUACGGUUUUGUUCCUAUGAGAGGGCGGGUGAACAUGUAUGGCAUGUUCUUAGUGUUGCACCCAAUUCACCAGCAGAGAUGGCAGGCAUUAUUCCCGAAAGCGAUUAUAUCAUUGGCAGUCCACAUGCAGUCCUUGCCAGUGAAGAUGGCUUUUAUGAUUUGGUGGAAGAGCAUAUUGGCAAGCCAUUACAACUUUAUCUAUACAACUCUGAAUGGGAUAGUUGCCGUGAGGUGAUUAUUGUUCCAAACCACGAUUGGGGAGGUCAUGGAUCCUUGGGUUGUGAUGUUGGAUAUGGUUUAUUACAUCGGAUACCGCGCAAAUCAGCCAGCACGAGGCCCUCUGAAGAUGUCUCUGCCCAAUACAGCAAUGCCAUCUUUAAUGCUCCUGCCGAUGAACCUCAAGGCCCUGAACAAGAACCAUCGUCAUCCAAUGCUGAACAUGUCGUCGAACAACAACAACAACCACCACCAUCAUCACUACCGCCACAAGAUGAAGCAACAGCGUCAUCAUCACAAGAGGAACCUUCAUCAUCCAAUGCUGAACAACAACAACAACAACAACAACCCCAGGAAGAAUCCUCAUCAUCGUCAGCCAAAGAUGAACAACAACCACCAUCAUCCUCACCCAAAGAAGCUAAACCAUCCUCACCCAAAAAAGACGACUGA